AUGAGUGACGGCUUGAGCAACACCGACGCUCCUCGCGCCAAGUUGAAGAGAACCAACACCGGUUUCACCCCUAACCAAAUCAUGACGUACGAUGCCCAGAUCCCAGAGUCUGCCAAGGCCAUUUGGAGCAAAUACUCCAAGUUGAAGGAAUUGGGCUCCAAGACCGACGCCGCCGACUCCCACUCCAGUGCUGUCAACAAGGAGGAAUUCGAGGCCAACUUUGUGAACCACGUCGAAUUCUCGUUGGCUAGAAACAUGUACAACUGUGACGAGUUGGCUGCCUACCAAGCUGCCUCUCAAUCCAUCAGAGAUGCACUUUUGCUGGACUGGUCGAACACCCAGCAAUCGCAGACCAUCCACGAUGGAAAGAGAGUCUACUACUUGUCCUUGGAGUUCUUGAUGGGACGUGCCAUGGACAACGCCUUGAUCAACUUGAAGUCCCGUGACGUCGUUGACGGCGCCAUGAAGAACUUGGGUUUCAGAUUGGAAGAUGUUUUGGACCAAGAACCGGACGCUGGUCUCGGUAAUGGUGGUUUGGGUCGUUUGGCUGCUUGUUUUGUCGACUCCUUGUCCUCCAAGAACUACAGUGGUUGGGGUUACGGUUUGAACUACCAAUACGGUAUCUUCAAGCAAAAGAUCAUCAACGGCUACCAGGUUGAGACCCCAGACUACUGGUUGAAAUACUCCAACCCUUGGGAAAUUGACCGUCACGAGAUCCAAAUUCCUGUUGACUUCUACGGUUCUGUUGAGGAGCAGUUUGACUACAAGACUGGCGAAGUUAAGAAGAUCUGGAACAGAGGUGAGCGUGUCUUGGCUGUCGCUUCCGACUUCCCUAUCCCAGGUUUCAACACCAACAACACCAACAACUUGCGUUUGUGGAACGCCAAGCCUACUAACGAGUUUGAUUUCAACAAAUUCAACUCCGGUGACUACCAAUCCUCUGUUGCUGCCCAGCAAAGAGCCGAGUCCAUUACUGCUGUCUUGUACCCUAACGACAACUUCUACAACGGUAAGGAGUUGAGAUUGAAGCAACAAUACUUCUGGGUCGCUGCUUCCUUGCACGAUAUUGUUCGUCGUUUCAAGAAGAACCACAAGAACGACUGGUCCAAGUUCCCUGAUAAGGUCGCCAUUCAAUUGAACGACACCCAUCCAACAUUGGCCGUUGUCGAGCUUCAAAGAAUCUUGAUUGAUUUGGAAGGCUUGAAAUGGGAUGAAGCCUGGGACAUUGUCACCGCCACUUUCGCAUACACCAACCAUACUGUUAUGGCUGAGGCUUUGGAGAAAUGGCCAGUUCAAUUGGUAGGAACCUUGCUUCCAAGACACUUGGAGAUUAUCUACCAAAUCAACUUCUUGUUCUUGGAAAGCGUUUCUCACAAAUUCCCAUACGACGACGAGUUGUUGUCAAAGGUGUCCAUCAUUGAGGAAGGUGAUGUCAAGUCCGUCAGAAUGGCUUAUUUGGCUAUCGUGGGUUCUCACAAGGUCAACGGUGUGGCUGAGUUGCACUCUGAGUUGAUUAAGACCACCAUUUUCAAGGACUUUGUUCGUGUUUUUGGCCCUGACAAGUUUACUAAUGUUACCAACGGUAUCACCCCAAGAAGAUGGUUGAAGCAAGCUAACCCAGAGUUGGCUAGCUUGAUCGCCGAGGCCUUGGAUGAUCCUGACUACGAGUACUUGACCAACUUGGGUAAGUUGAAGCAAUUGGAGAAGUUCAUUGAUGACAAGAAGUUCUUGCAAAGAUGGAACAACAUCAAGCUUAACAACAAGAAGAAAUUGGCUGCUUUGAUCAAGUCUGAGACUGGUAUCGAGGUCGACCCACACGUCAUGUUCGACAUCCAGGUCAAGAGAAUUCACGAGUACAAGAGACAACAGAUGAACAUCUUUGCCGUCAUUUACAGAUACUUGCGCAUUAAGCAAUUGCUCGCUGAAGGCUUGACUGUUGAGGAAAUCAAACAGAAGCACUACGUGGCCAAGGCAAGCAUCUUCGGUGGUAAGGCAGCUCCAGGUUACUACAUGGCCAAGACCAUCAUCCACCUCAUCAAUGAGGUCGCUGAGGUGAUCAACAAUGACCCAGAGAUCGGUAACUUGUUGAAGGUCGUGUUCGUUCCAGACUACAAUGUCUCCAAGGCUGAGAUCAUUUGUCCUGCUUCGGAUUUGUCCAACCACAUCUCCACCGCUGGUACCGAGGCUUCCGGUACUUCGAACAUGAAGUUUGCCUUGAACGGUGGUUUGAUUAUUGGUACUGUUGACGGUGCCAAUGUUGAAAUCACCAGAGAAAUUGGCGAGGACAACAUCUUCUUGUUCGGUAACUUGGCCGAGUCCGUUGAGGACAUUAGACACAAGCACUUCUCUGAGGGUGUCACCGUUCCCGAGAGCUUGAAGAGAGUGUUCAACGCCAUUGAGUCCGGAACUUUCGGAGACUCCGGUCAAUACCACUCUUUGGUCGAGAGUAUCACCAACCAUGGUGACUACUAUCUCGUCACUGAUGACUUUGACUUGUUCUUGAAGUGCCACGAGCGUUUGGAGAAGUUGUACGGUAACGGCACCUCCGAAAGUGACAGCCACUUGGAGAACUGGGUCAAGAAGUCCUUGUUGUCUGUUGCCAACAUGGGAUUCUUCAGUUCCGACAGAUGUAUCGACGACUACGCCGAGAACAUCUGGAAUGUCGAGCCUACCAACCAGUAG